CAGCCUGGCGUGAGCACUCAACUGCUCAACGUUCACGUCGAAGUAUCUAUCUUUGCUCUUGAUCUAAGCGCCGUUGCAAGAACCUCAUCUUCAUCUCGAAAAUGUCUCUCAACGACAAGUUGAACGCCGCGCUCGCAUCUCGCGAAAAGCGCCUCAUCCGCCGCAGGCUCCCCGACCCGUCCGCGGACGACCACCUCGUCGACUUUUUCACCAACGACUACCUCUCGCUGUCGCAUUCCCCAGACCUCAGGUCGCGCCUCCUCCGCAAACUCCACGACGCGCCGCACGUCCUCGGCUCGGGCGGGUCGCGCCUGCUCGUGAACGGACACGCGCACGCGUCCUUCGAGGCACGCCUCGCCGCUUUCUUCCGCGCCCCCGCCGCGCUCCUCUUCAACUCCGGCUUCGACGCCAACGUCGGCCUCUUCUCGAGCGUGCCCCAGCCCGGGGACGCGGUCGUGUACGACGAGCACAUACAUGCGUCCGUACACGACGGGAUGCGCUCAUCGCGCGUGGCGGCGGGCGCGCGCGUGCCCUUCGCGCACAAUUCGCCGUCCGCGCUGCGAGCGGUGCUCGAGAGACUGAUCGCGUCGCAUCCGCGCUUGCGCGAGGGGGAGAGCAGCGUGUUCGUAGCGGUGGAGGCACUCUACAGCAUGGAUGGGACGCUGGCGCCGCUGAUGGACAUUGUGGAGGUCGUCGAGGCGCUGCUGCCCAGAGGGAACGGCUAUGUCGUCGUCGACGAGGCGCACUCCACCGGCGUAUACGGACCGCAAGGCCGCGGACUGGUCGCGGCGUACGGCCUGGAGGACCGAGUGUUCGCGCGGCUGCAUACCUUUGGCAAGGCCCUCGCUGGGACUGGAGCUGUAUUGCUGGUAACGGCGCUUGUGCGGGACUACCUGCUCAACUACGCGCGCUCGCUGAUCUACACCACAUCGCUGAGCUACGCGAACAUCAUCGCAGCGGACUGCUCCUUCGACCUGCUCGAGGACGGCGAAGCCGACAAGCUCGCUAGAAAACUGCUCGACCUCAGCACCUACUUCCUCGCCACCCUCCGCCACCACCUCUCCACGCGCAGCGUCUCGCCCGCGCUCCUGUCUCUGCCCCCGCACCUCUUUUCUUGCGCGCAAAAGCCUGAGUUCGCAACGCCGAUCAUACCCGUCCUAACGCCGCACCCGCGUCCGCUCUCCGCCCACCUUCGCGUCCGCGGCCUGAACGCACGUCCGAUCACGUGGCCGACCGUGCCCAAAGGCGCGGACCGUGUUCGGGUGUGCUUACAUGCGCACAAUACGACAGAGGACGUAGAUAGGCUGGUCGGUGCGAUGGUCGAGUGGGCCGAGAGCCGGGAGCUGGCGCAAAAGGGCGUGGGCGCAGGAUCUGGGAAUGGGAGUGGGCAAGGGGAGGGUGUUGCCAGCGUGCAGGCGAAGUUGUGAAAAUAUCCUGUUGAGACAAAGGAAGCUGAUGAAACACAGGCCAUCUAUGAUUGUCCUCGAGCGGUGAAGCAUACUUACAGACGGAGUGAGAGAGCUAGUCUUGCAGAGCUUCGAUUUCCUGAGUGCUCGUCUGUAGGAACUCCUCAUAGGAGUCCUGGUAGCCGGCUGGUGUCUUCGCGCGGGCGCGGUAUCUCGCAACGACUUCUCGGUUGUGGCGGAUGGCUGCUAGCUGGGCUUGCUUGAUGGUUCCAGAGACGUGGACGACGUGCGGGAUGUAUUUGCGCCCGUCGAUCGUGGUCAUGAGCGUCACGCUGGCCCAAGCGAUCUUAUGCGGGUCCCGGGCGACACGGAUGAUGCACAGAUGUGUCCGAGGGGAGAAAUACUUGAUAGUCAGGGAGGAGCCGACGGCGCCCCAGCCGGUGUCGCCGAAGUGGGUGAUGACGCUCUGCUUGAGCGCAGCCCAAAUGUGCUUGCUCGUGAUGUUCUCUUCUUGCGCUCGUGCUACAUGUCCGGGUACUGAGGUGGAGACGGGGAGAAACUCGACGAGGAGCCAACGGUUCUUGAACCUGACCAUCUGCGUGGCAGAGCACCUUGUUGUGAUGUGGGCUGCCUGAGAUUGCGACUGGCGUUCCUAGUAUUGUCCGGAGAGCUGAAC